CCGCCCGCCUGAGCCAUGGGUGUGCCCCAGUCCAAAGAGAUCGCCCACGGCGAGGAGUACGCGAAGAAUGUCAUGUUUCUGUGUAAUCACAAUUCGUGCCGCUCCCAAAUGGCCGACGGCUGGAUGCGCCACCUUCGCGGCGACGCGUCCGUCGGCUGCGCGUCCGCGGGCAUCGUCGGCGGCACGGCGGUGAAGCCGGGCGCCAUCACCGUCAUGAAGGAGGUCGGCGUCGACAUCUCGGACUUUACGUCGGACGCCGUCGCCGACUACGACCCGGCGGACUUCGACAUCGUCAUCUCGUGCUGCGGCUGCGGGAAGAAGCUCGACCCCGAGGACAAGAUCGCGUGGAAGAAGCGCGAGGCGUUCUACGACUGGGCCCUCGACGACCCGCCGGCCAUCGACCCCGGGGACCUGUCCGAGUACCGCCGCGUGCGCGACGAGGUCAAGGCCAAGUGCAUCGAGCUCCUCGAGAAGAUCGAGAGCGACGAGCUCGGCAACCGCGAGAACGAGGGCGGCUGCUACGGCUGCCUCGCCUGAAGCGACAAGACGCCGCCCGAGUAAGCGCCGUACUACGAAAA